AUGAACCACAAACGGUACCCGGUGCCCGCCGCCAUCUUUCCUUGUCCGCCGCUCAGCGCGACCGAGUCGGCCACGUACGUCAAGCUCGGCCACGACACGCUCGACAAAUUCCUCGACGCAGUGCUCUCGAAUGAUGCAUCGGUGCGCUGGAGCCCGCUCGGCGAAGUCGACAACGUGCACGUGUACGAAGGCGAGAUGCCCGGCCUCAAGCUCGACCGCCACACUCUGCCGUACCGUGCGAUCGGCCGCGUUCAGGCGACGUUAGGCGAGGUUGCGGGCCUGCACAAUUUUGAUACACGGGACAAGUGCCUCGACUACAUAUACGAAUACGCCGGCGACAUUAUGGACAUGAUCCCGCUCUACACCCUCGCGUCGAGCGACGACGGCUUGCACCGCAUCUACCUCAAGUGGGUCGCGUGCGCGACGCCCGUGCCUGUUGUUCGCGACCGCGAUUUCGUCUUUCUCGAGACGCAAGACACAUUUGAACGGGACGGGCGACGCGGCUGGGCGUUUUGCCAGUACUCGGUCGACUUGGCGUGCUGUCCGUCGCUGAAGGAGACGGAAAUGAACCUUGUCCGGGGCACACUCAACUACACGGGCGCGGUGUUUCUCGAGACGGACGAGCCCGGUGUCCUCGACGUCAUUUACCACGUUGCGACCAAUUUCAAGGGCCACAUCCCCGUCCUCUUGCGCAAGAUCCACAUUCGCCACCGCGCCGCGCGCAAGAUUCUGAGCAUCCAAGACUACGUCCAGCGCCGGCGAUACCACAACAGUGGCGCGACCUCGGGCGAGGCGUCGCCCACCGACAUGUCGCGCUGCGCCGUGUGCGCCCACAGCAGCACCCGGUUUCAGCGCCUCCACGCCUGCCAUGGCUGCCACUUGCCCGUGUGCCCUCAUUGCAGCCGGAAAUGGAGCCGCCGGGGAGCAUCCAGUGUCCGCGUCUGCCAGCUGUGCUCGGCCGGCGCGCGCCAAGGACUUAUCUCGUCCAUGCGCGGCACGUCGUCGACGCGGACCAUCUCGUCGUCGUCGUCAUCGUCGGUGUCGUCGGGCGUCGGGUCGCCGCGGCUCACGGUUGUCGGGCGCAGCACCGAAAUGGACUUGUCGUAUUUGAGUCUCUACCGCAACAUCCCCGAAGAGGGUGCCGGCGGCGUCUCGCCCAUCUCGUCGUCGUGCGUCAUGCCUCUGGACGUCGGCGCGUGGGACGACGACGACGACGUUGUCUCGGCCACGAUGCGGUCCGAAGCGGAUCUCACUACCAGUGACGCCCACGUCGGCUUUCGCGAUGUUCUCAGUCGGCUCACGAGCAAGCUCGCACGCGUGCAUUAGCGGCUUGUCGCUCUCUUUUGGAUAUGACGGCGACCAUUGGCAGUCGUCGUCGUCUGCAUAGUAGUCCUAGUGUAUAGUGUAUUUAUGAGACAGAAACAACUUACUCUUUCG